CUACAGCACACAAAUCCUUCACGUUACCUACAUGUCACAACAUUAAUGUGUUCAUUGACAUGUAGGCAGCUGUCAUUGUCACAGUAUUCAAGAUGAUGUGUGCUAAGAUACUGACACUGCUUAGCUCACACCCACUACGCAGACUUCCAUCACAGACGUGUUUCACUUGUUUUACGACUCUCCAGAAGGACAGGAGAGAUUACAGUACUGUUUCACUUGCAUCAGGAUCCUGUUUUAUUAAGAGAGACUUUCAGAAACAGAGAAGGAGUUUGUCAGACAUCCUUCGCUAUGGUCUUAACAACAAAAGAUCUUUCAGCCUGAGUCCUGCAGGGAUAGUAGAUGCAUCUCCAGUGUCUGUUCAGCCAUACCUCCGCUUAAUGAGAUUGGACAAACCGAUUGGGACAUGGCUGCUGUAUCUGCCGUGUACAUGGAGCAUUGGGCUGGCGGCGGACCCGGGCUGCCUGCCUGACCUACACAUGCUUGCACUGUUUGGGACUGGAGCUCUGCUGAUGAGAGGAGCGGGCUGUAGCAUUAAUGACAUGUGGGACAGAGACUUCGACAAGAAGGUGUCCCGGACAGCCACGCGGCCCAUAGCUGCAGGACAGAUCUCUCAGUUCCAGGCGCUGGUCUUCCUGGGAGGCCAGUUGAGCUUAGCUCUGGGGGUCCUGCUGUGUCUCAACAAUUACAGCAUAGCCCUUGGUGUCGCCUCGUUAUCGCUAGUUGUCACCUACCCUCUAAUGAAGAGAAUAACAUACUGGCCUCAGCUCUUCUUGGGCCUUACCUUUAACUGGGGAGCUUUGCUUGGCUGGUCAGCCGUGAUGGGAUCAUGUGACUGGUUCGUGUGUCUGCCUCUGUAUUUCUCUGGCGUGAUGUGGACGCUGAUAUACGAUACCAUCUAUGCCCAUCAGGACAAAGAGGAUGAUGUUAAGUUGGGUGUGAAGUCCACAGCCCUGAGAUUUCAGGAACACACCAAGCCCUGGCUGAGUGCCUUCACUGUGGCCAUGCUGUCUGGAUUAAUACUGGUAGGCACUAAUGCAAACCAGACCAUGCCGUACUAUGUAGCCGUGUCUGCAGUUGCUCUUCAUCUAGCACGACAGAUUUAUUCUUUGGACAUCAACAGUCCUGAGGAUUGCUGGAAGAAGUUCGCCUCCAAUCGUAAUUUAGGACUUUUGUUAUUCUUAGGAAUAGUUCUUGGCAAUUUGUGGAAGAGAAAGGAUAGUCAAUAUGAAACAAUUAACCCCCCACCCUAGUUUAAAAAAAAAAAAAAACCCAAAACUUGUUUUUUAAAAUUAUGUAAAUACGAAUUUUGCUUAGUCAUAAUCAUUGACUUAAAACAUUUAGUAAAUUUUAAUAAACAGGGACAUGAUACUUAAUUUGUUUUGUAAUUGUUACAUUUAUUAAAAACAAUAAAAUCAAUGUGGACAUUGAGAACAGAGACAUCAGGUUACAUCUACAUACACUCAAAAGAAAAUCCUUACACAUUUCAGAGUUUUUUGUUUAUACAUGGAAUAAAAUAUAACAAACCUG